AAGGGGUGGUGACACAAUGGCAGCAGCACAGGCCUGGAAGCCCUAUGAAAGCCUCACUACGCCUCCCACCAACCUGAAGGAGGCCAUUGACUGGGUCCUGAGGGUUACUGGUAGGGAUGGUAAGAAGAAUGCGCCGGCGGCGCAACAACCGCCACAAUCUAGCACUAGUAAUGGCCCCCACUGUUUGUGCUUCUUGGCUAAAGCAGUGAAGGACCUACUGUAUGACGCCAGGUCCCCGGGGUCCCCUGGUCCCAUCCCUGACAGGUACUGGGAUGACCUGCUCCUAGGACAGGAGAAGGACAUUGUCAAGCCAGUGCUCACGGACCUGGGACUCCUUAGUGGUGGCAGCACUAGUGCUGCCAGUAGUACCUGCUCUGGUGGCACCGAGGUCAUAAAGGCACUGAUAGACCACUUGGCACUGGGACUACAGAAGUGGGUUGGGUGGCAGGAAGGGGAUACGUGUUGUCUUAAGGGAACAAAUGGGAUAGGAGGGAAGUGUAAUUGUAGUCCUGGUGUUGGUUGUUGUGGUAACAGUGGCAAGACUUGUCAUGACUGUACUGAGUGUGGUACCGGUGCCAAGGGUGCCGGUACAAAGUGCUACCUCUCGGCCUACUGCAAAGCCACUAGUCCACCCAGCAGCUCCCCUGAAAACUACCUUUGGACCACCCUCUCGGACAAGGCAGAUCAAGUCCACCUCCUGGCCCGAAUUUUCCUAGGGUCAGUAUGUCUCAUCUGGAGUGGACUCAGUCAGUUGGGGUUCCUAACUGGAGGGAGUGGUGAUAGGUGGACGGCAAGUAAGCUGCACGAGAUCAGUGGUGACUCAGCCGGUCUCGGCUCAUUCAUGGCGGCCAUGGGCUAUGACCUGGAGAGGUUGAAUGGGAGUGGUAGUAAAGGUAACACGGGUAAUGGAGAGUUUGUGCAAAAGUUACUAUCGGGAAAACAGCCUAAUGGAAAGGAGGGCAUCCAGUGGAACGAAUUCCAGGGAGACAGUGCUGAGAAAAAUAGUGUAGCUGAGUACUAUAGCACUAUCUAUGACAAGGCGAAGGAAGCACUGAAGAAGGACAAUAAAACUGAAUCCAUAUGCAAUGACUACCCCCUAUUGGUACUCCACAUCCUGGCCAGUGGGUACUUCAGGGCAGGCAGUGCCGGGGCCAAGGGUAUCACGUCGCCGCCAAAGGCGCCACAGCCGGCCCCUAGUGCUGCUCCCAGUCCUACCACGGACACUACCAAAAAAGAAAAGUCUCCUAGGAAACCCAGGACCAUCCGGGAGAUCCUAUACUGGCUUAGUGCAUUGCCCUAUAGUAAGGGGUACAGAGAGCUGGUGGAUAGGAUGCAAGAUAAGUAUCCUAGGAAAGAGGAUGAUCCAGAGAAGACAGAGGAUAAAAUAGAGAUUCAUGGACAAGGUAAUGGUGCCAGUACCACCCUCAAGAGGGAUGACAUUACCCACUACCUAAUGGCCGCCUGUGGCUACUGCCCACUGGUCCUCAUCGGGAUCCAGGGGACCAUAGAAAAAGAGGUAGACAAGGCACAGGCACCACCAGGUGGUCCAGCUGCUGCUGCUAAGGACAAGAAGUGUCCUGAACAUAGUAAGGACCGAAGCCGGCCAAGUCUGCUACGGCGGGUACCACCUGGAAGUCUCCAAGUUUGGCCCCCUCCAUGGGAUGUACGCCAAUGGGCUCUUUGGCUUCCAGAUGGACCUUUCGGCCGCCCAGUGCCUGGACCAACUGAGGUGCUGGGCUGGAAAAGUUGUAGGUAUGGUAAAGGUGUGAAUCCUAGUGGUGGAUAUAGCCCGAAUGAGAAGUGGUUAUGUGAGGCACCAGUAGGUCCGGGAGGAGCUGGUGGAAACGACUGUCAGUGCAAGAAGAGCGCCAGUCAUAAAUCACCACUGAUGUUAUUCCUGUGUGAUGGACUAGGACCACUGGUUUGCGGAGUAACAGCUGGAAAGGCCCCUGAUAAUGAGACGAACACUUAUCCGGAAAUAAAAGAUCACAUGGAAGCCAAAGAUGAUAUUGGUCCUAAACAUUUCGGGGGUCUACCAAUACACUGUCCCGUCCCUAUGGGAUGGCAGGCAGAGGCUAGUACCACUGGAAGUGACCAAAACAGAGUAAACCACUUCAAAGAUUUAACUACUGGAAGCCACAAGACAGCGUCACUACAACCGUCAGCAGGACAAGGCACUUACCCUGCCCACUGCACUGGAAAUACACUGUCGCUACUUCUGGAGUACUACUGUGACCCAGUGAAGUGCCCGAGUGGCUCCCUAGUGGUACUCCUGAGACUACUGGCAUGUAUUACUCCCACGGUGCCACGGACCCUGGGUGACCUCUUUGGGUUCUAUUACUAUAUAGUGUACAUUGGGGGAAAGAGUGGUGGUGGUAAAGACGGAGUCAAUACGAAAUUGACAGAGUUCGAGAAGGAAUCUAAACUGCACAUGCCGUCUAUUGGUGGUGGUAAUAAUGCAGUGGUCCAGGCACUGACAAAGUGGAAUGGAGAUUGCAGUGGCGGCACUAGUGGUUGUAAGGACACCCUCAAGUGUCUCUACGGUGGUAAAGAUCCUUCAAAAUGCAAUCCAUACCUCUCUCCUUUAAGUGGCCAGCAGUAUGGCCAGUUGAGUCCAGCGAUGGCCGGGACCUACCUGUCAUGGUUGGUCUGUUUGAUAGGGGAGUUCAAUACCGGAGUCUCCUAGCCAUGGUACUGCCUUCUACAUUACCCCUAUCAAGUACUGA